AUGAACGGCUACGACGAGAAGCGUCACCUCGACGACGAUGCCUUCGGCGCAAAAGGCGGCAUCGUCAGCGCCUUUGACGCAUUCCCCAAAGCCAAACCCCAAUACGUCCAACACACCUCCUCCGGCGGCAAAUGGACCGUCGCCAUGAUCGUCAUCAGCGCCGUGCUCUUCUGGACCGAGCUAGCACGGUGGUGGCGCGGCGAGGAGCAGCACACCUUCGCGGUCGAGAAAGCCGUCUCCCACGUGCUGCCCAUCAACCUGGACAUCGUCGUGCGCAUGCGCUGCGCUGACCUGCACGUCAACGUGCAGGACGCCGCGGGGGACCGGAUCCUGGCGGCGGGCGCCCUGACAAGGGACGGCACGCUGUGGUCGCAUUGGGUGGAUGGGCACGGGGUGCAUCGGCUGGGGCGGGAUGCGCAGGGCAGGGUGGUGACGGGCGAGGGCACGGUCAACACGGCGCCCGGCCACUUCCACAAGUUCCAGUACUACCUGUCGGUGGUGCCGACGACGUACAGCGUGGGUCACCCGGGCGACCGCGGGUCGUCGGCGCUCUUCACCAACCAGUACGCCGUCACCGAGCAGAGCGGCGCCGUCGCCGAGAACAUGGUCCCCGGCAUCUUUGUCAAGUACGACAUCGAGCCCAUCCUGCUGAGCAUCGUGGAGACGCGGGAUAGCUUCUUUGUGUUUUUGAUCAAGGUGGUGAAUGUGGUUAGUGGUGUGUUGGUGGCUGGCCACUGGGGAUACCGGAUGACGGACUGGGCGAAGGAGGUACUGGGCCGGCGCCGGAGGGGGCAUAGCGAGGGGAUGCUGGGGCGGAAGGGGGACCAUUCUGAGGAGUAG